AUGGGUGUUGGAAAUGAUAUGACCCGAUGGAUGGAAGCCUAUGUGAUACCUGAUCAUAAAGCAACAACUGUGGCGACUGAGUAUGUGAACCAGUUUGUAUGUCGUUGUGGAGUCCCAACAGUCUUGCAUACGGACCAAGGCCAAAAUUUCGCAUCAGCGGUCUUCAGAGAGAUUCGUAGUGUCUUUGGCAUAGAGAAGACUUGGACGAUGCCGUACAAUCCGAAAUCCGAUGAACUAAUUGAGCGAUUCAAUCGUACGUUGUUCACCAUUGUUUCCAUUGCCAUUGAAUCUACCAGACGGCAAAGAAAUUGUAAUGAGAAGUUACCCCUCGCUCUCUUCACCUACCAUUUAUCCCCUCAGGAGUUGACCGGCCAGACAGCGAACUUGUUGAUGUUAACGCGAGAAUUACAUCUGCCAAUAAAACUUUCCGCUGACUUGUGCAAUGAUGAUCGGGAGCUGGAUCGCGGUCUGGAUACAGAUCAUGCGGAAAACCUAAGGAACAAGAUGAGCCUGGCGCACGAACGUGCAAGGGAGAACAAAUCAGAAAGUUUCAGGAAGCAAAAGGAGGUCUGCGACAGGAAAGCACAUAUACUGUCGUCUACAGGAUACAAGCAAAGAACCGUGGAAAGAAGAUAG